AAUCAAAAUAAAAAAAAAAAUUUUUUCCAAUCACGAUUUUUGUUUGUUAAUUUGAUGAAAGAAAAUGUUUUGGCAUGGAUGUAAAAACGUCGUCACCAUCAUAGCAUCACGUAAUAUUCAGCUGAAAUUCACCAUCAUACAAUGUAUGCGUAUCAAUACAUCAUCCAUUUGUAAUGGAAGAAGAAAUUUUCGAAAAUUUCCAAUACCAAAUAAACGUGGAAUAUUUGAACAUAAUAAAUUACCGAAAGAAUUAUUGGAAAAGGAAUAUGAUUUUCCUAUUGCUAUAGAUGAUAUGCGUAUACGUUAUCCCGGUGUAUGGUUUGGUCGUCAUUUUGAAUAUGUUCCCGAAAUGGAACCAGAAAUCAUUGUGCCAAAAGAUUUGGACAAUUGUCAAUUAAAACCAUAUGUAUCAUAUCGUGCAACGGAAAUUCAUCAAUCUGAAUUUACAGCUGAAGAUUUAUUCAAUACUACAUAUGGUACGGAAAUAAUACGUAAAUAUCAGGAUAAACAAUCAAUACCAGAAUCAUGGACUGUUUAUGAUGAACGUCAUGUGAUUGAUGCAAAAAAUAAAGCCCUAAAAACUGGUUCCGAUCUAUUUACACAUACAAGUUAUUUUGGAAAUUUGAAAUAGAAUCAAAACAAAACAAAAACAAAAAAAAAUUCGGUAAACUUAUUUUAUUAUUAUUAUUUGUAGAAAUGAAUAAAAACCACAUUAAUCCAUCACAUCAAUUCUCAUUGAUAAAGGAGUGUCAAAUAAAUAAAAAAAUUUUUUUUUCUGCAA